AUGUCUCCCGGCGCGCUUUCUCCGCCCGCCUCGCGCAGAUUGCUGGGCGGAGCGGGGCGGGGCGGAGUCUACCCUUCGAGGAAGAGAGCCCCGUUGGCUGCCGAGCGCAGGCGCGGGCGCAGGCGCACUCUGAGGCGGGCAGCCUUUGGCGGGAGGGGGCGGGGCGAGGGGCGGAACAGGGGAGGGGCGGCGGCCGACUUGGUUUACCCUCUUCUAGACGUCAGCGCUCAGACCAGGAACGCUCUACCGGCUCCGGGCUCGGGCCCAUCCCCCACCUCACCGGCCCCUGCCACGUGUCCCUCUUUGAGCGGGAACUUGAGGCUCCACCCCCGGAGCGCUGUGGGCAGCCUCAGUGUUGAGCCAGGCUCGAGAGAGCGAGGUCGUUCUCGUGCUUCUCGGCUGUGCAGGGUGGCCUUCGGGAUCCUGAGGUGGCAGCCCGUGCUUGGCUCAGUGCAGGGGCAUCUUUUGGGGGCCGAGCUGCCACUGCCGAAGGUCACGUUCGGCGCCUCCGAGGAAGCCGCACGACCCACAUCGAGAUCCAGGGGGAAUCAAUCAGCCCUCCCCACCAGACACUUCACCAGGACCAGAGAGAUGGAAGCUGGUCCAAGGACUUCAGCCAGUGAACAGGCUGCUCCGACGAAUGGGAGAGGCCCUGACUCAGAAGGGAGGCAGGGGAAGAAAAGGAAGAAAUAUAAAUGGACGGUGACUGAAGUGGGAGAUACUCGGAUCAAGAUGAAGAGGACAAGAGUGGGUGGCUUCAGGUCCAAAGACCUUGCAGUCUUCUACGAACUUCUGCAUGAUCCAGUCAUUGAAAACUUCCUCAAUACUGAUGUGAGAUACUAUGCCAAUGAUGAGAAUCUCUUGGCUUUGAUAGCAAAAUAUUUUGGCCGCUUGGAAUUCAUUAAAGAGUCUUUCAGCAUGAUCCAUGUUUUCCUGGCACUUUACGCUGUCAGUCAGAUGGACACAUUGGACCUGUCAUACGAAUGGCUCAUCUUUCCUGCCCUUUUUGAAAGUAAUUGGUACGAAGAAAGCUUAAAGAAAUUCUGGCCAUUGCAGAUUGAAUUUCUUAAUUCCAUUGAUUGGAAAGCUUGGGUGAGCCAGGAAAUCGAUGAAGAGAUCAAUGGUGAGGGAAGUAUGCCAUCCAUUCUGUGGAGACACAAAUAAAGAGACGACAGCAUGCCAUCCAGGAAUUCAUUGUCCAGAAAGUCUGUACUCAUACAAGACCGAUGGGCUACAAAGUCAUUUUCAUAGAUCCAUGUUGGUGUUUUCUAAAGGCUAGGGCACGUUGUCAGCCUAUAAAAAUGUUUCAUAAUUCAUUCAAUAAACAUGUAUUAAGCCAA